CGCCGCCAUUCGUUAGUUUACCUGCAACUGAUGAACGGUGAACAUCUCUGUCGAGGAUGCCAACGACCCAUAUAAACGACUUACAUAGUUGUGUAGAGCUCGAAACAGAUAUCAAGAUGGAUACGACGAACGCACAAACUAGUUCGGAACACGCACAUGACGAAGUUCACCCGAGGGGAGAUUCGAUCAACGCGUUCUUCGCCGAGAUGGUGAUCCUUUUAACCGGCGCCACCGGCUUUUUGGGAAAAGCCCUUCUGGAAAAACUGCUGCGCUCGUGUCCCCAGGUGGCCACAAUUUUCGUUCUGAUCCGUCCAAAAAAGAACAAGUCUGUCGAGCAACGUCUUCAAGAUCUACUAAACAAUUCCGUUUUCGACAGGAUACGAUCGGAGUUUCCGGGCACCUUGAAAAAAAUCUUCCCUGUAAAAGGUGACGUAGGCCUGCCGGAGCUGGGGCUCCAGCCUGAAGACAGAGACAUGUUGAUACAAAGAGUCAAUAUCGUGUUCCAUAGUGCGGCUACUGUGCGCUUUAACGAGUCGCUGAAGAUAGCCAUUAAUCUGAACACGAUGGGCACCGAUCGUAUCUUGGACUUGUGCAGGCUCAUGACAAACAUUAUUAGCAUCAUUCAUGUCAGCACGGCCUACAGUAAUGCCGACCGACGGGAGAUUGAAGAAUCAAUAUACACGUAAGCUGCCAGUUAUAUAAGCACGCGUGACAGCCGCAUGGAUAACGCGCUACUGUUUUCAUCUCGGAGGGUAGAUCUUCAAAAUCAUCUUAAUCAAAUUAUUUUCGUCGCGGAAAUACUUCUGCGAUACUGGUUAACACUUUAUCUACCGCCCGUGGUAGAUAAAAUUGACAUACAUUGUCGAGCGAUAAUAUGUAACGCAAAAUUAUUGAUAGACGUUGUACCUGUCGAUUUUGUUGUCAAUACAUUGAUCUGCGCAUCUUGGCACAAUGCCAUGCAACGUACUAACACGAUAAAGAUCUACAAUUGUACCAGCAGUACAUUAAAUCCGAUUACAUGGGACAAAUUUGGAAACCUCGUGAGGAAACACGCUAUAGAAUAUCCAUCGAAAUACGUGAUGUGGUAUCCAGGUUUCACAUUUAGGACAAACAAAUUUAUUCACGCUAUCAUAGUGCUCACGUUGCACUUUUUCCCUGCAUUUAUCGUAGAUCUUAUACUGAGGGCUCAAGGUCACAAACCCAUGAUGUUGAAGGUGGCCAAACGGUUCGAUCGCGCCGCCAAAGCCGGGGAGUUCUUCGCGAUGAACCAGUGGAGAUUUCAUUCGGGUAACAUGACGAAAUUGAUGAAAUUUGUAAGAGCGUCCGAAGAUUGUGAUAAAUUUGAUGUAGAUAUUACAAACUUGAAUUGGGACAUGUACUUGCGUCAGCACAUGUUAGGAAUCCGAAAAUAUAUCUUGAAGGACAAUCCAGAUACGUUAAAAAACGCCCAAAAUCGAUUAUCGAGAUUAUACUGGCUUCACAAGGCCGCGCAACUCAUGGGAAUUAUAAUAGUCCUAUCCGUCUUCCUGUCGCUCAUAUAUUUCAUACUUCGCAUAUCCCGCUUGAUCGUUUAAAAUGACCCCCACAUAUCCCGGUAGCCGGCCCCCACAUAUCCCGAGAGACCAAAAAGGAAUACGGACGAGGAGAUCGCGAAGAAAAUGGAGAAGAAGCUGCUGAUGGAUACUACGGACGAGGACGAGGACCAGAAGAAGAAUUGAGAUGAUGUGAAGGGUUGGGUACGUCCCUGUAAAACGCCAUAUGUUCACCUUGUUGUAUGUGCCAUGAUGUAUAAGUGUCCGAAGUAUUGUGUAUGGCAGAAUGUAAAGGUUUUUGGAAACGUUUUUACUAAAAAAACGCCUUUCCAACCCCGGAAAGGGAGUGAAAUAAAGACUGAAUUGAAUUGAAUUGAAA